UACUUCCUGACGCUAUUCUAUUGGUCCUUCGGUGAGGUUGCCCCACCGUUACCUAGCAACCAGGUUCCGCCUGUACGAGCCUGCCCUGCUCCAAGCUAGCUACAUUAUUGAUGAUGCCGCAGACACCAAACCCGUUCGAGAAACCAUAUGUCAAGAAAGGAAGACAGAAACACACGGCUGGCUGCAAAAUGGUGUCAGGAGCGAGAGGAGGGCUGUGGAUAGGACUAACUUCAAACUAAAAACUAAAAAAAAGAAACUACCACUACGGCUGAGGGACCAUUUCAUAACCCGAGUGAAGACAAAGAGUCCAUGGAGGGACAACCAGAGGAAUCAGAUGAAGCCGUUAAGGGAGAGGACAAGCCCACUGUCCUCUGGGAGAAGUCAUUUCAGCAGAGCAUCUUUGUCGACCUAAGUGAGGAUGAAAGUCUCCACCUCAGUGAUUUGGAGAGUUCUUUAGCCUUCCAUCUGUCCCAGGCAGAGUCUGCUGCCUCCGAAGCAAGCAUCCAUCUCAGUGGGAGUGCAGAGCUGUCAGCCUUGGAAUACACCUCCUCUGAGUCCAGUAUUGUGAGAAGUCAGAGUGAGAAGGCGGUAGAGAGCAAGAGCAGCAUUCUGCAUGUGUCUGCCCAAAGACCAAACACCAUACAAGAUGAGCUGCCCCUAAAGCAGCAUCACGACGUCCCAGAGCAAGAUACUAGUGACGAGGAUCAGGACGACCUACCUUACGAUGGGGACCUCGGAAGCCCCUACUUCAACCAGGCAGCUAAUUCUGAGGGUAACAUGAGCUCUGAUGGGAGAGAAACAGUUCAUGCAAGUCCUGAUGUCCCUGCUUUGCUUGAAUGUAAUACAAGAGAUAAAGAUGAUAUUAUUGAGCAUUUGGGUUCUGUUGAGUGUAAUGCUGAGAAACCAGCAAGUUUGUCGCAAGAGGAUGGCCACACCAAACAAGACAGUUUGUUUGAGCCUUCCAAGCCAAUUGAGGGGCAACCUUGUCCUUCGGACAUUAACCAGUUGUUGCUGCGACACUUCUCCCAGGAGGAGUUGCUGAGGUCGGGUAGGCUGAUUGAGGCAGAGACCCUGCCGGAGGUGUCCCUACUGGAGAGCGCGGAUUACACUGUUUUUAGCUGUGCUUCAGCACACAGCAGCACAAAGCUUAAUGAUAACCAAUCAGAGAGCUGUGCUUGUGAUUCUCAGAGUUUCUGCUCAGAUAGGACUAAUGAGAAGUGUACAACUGCAACAACAAUUUCAAGUUUAGAGGAAGAAGCAGAAAUGAAAAUUGAUAAUGUAACCUCUAAUGCUUCUGACAGCUUUACAUCCAGCUCUGCAAGUAUACACUCUGAACAGGGCAGCGGGAGUGCCGUAGAGAAGCAGGAAAAUCCUAAAGAGGAUGAUCAGAUUCAGAGAGUCCCACUUUUGCGCACCAGGUCCUUCAGCGAGAUAAAGUAUGGUCAAGGCCAAGUCCAUUACCCACUUCCGGACUUCUCCAAGAUCGCCCCCAAGGUGAAAAUCCCCAAAGCUCCAAGCGGACCUGUCAGAUCUGUUCCCCAGAGCCCCACUGCCAUGCACAGAGCCCAGUCCUCUCCAGGGAUGUUAGAGGUGAUCAACAGAGUCCUGGAGGAUUCAGUCCACACAUCAGAGCAGCCCUACGUCUUCAGAGAUGAGGACAAACAGUCUGCUCCAGCACUGGUGCAUCACCUGCAGGCUGAAUAUGAUAAACUACUAACCAAAUAUGCUGAGGCAGAGAACCUUAUAGAUCAAAUGAGAGUAGGAACCAACGCUCAGCCCUCCUCAGAACUGAUGCUUUAUUUAGAGUGUGAAGAUGAUGAUCAUCAGGGAAACUUAAUUGAGGGAGGCCAUCUUGGAUGCGCGGCUCCUCGCAAUCCCCCAUCAGAAAACCUAGGGGAGAAAAAAGAAACAAUCUCCCGGAGCAACAUUAAGGAGGUGAACACAGCUUCCUCCAGCCAACCUGAGGAGGGUCCCAGUGAGGGGGAAAGAAUGACUGCUGAGUUGACAGGUAUCAUCAGCCAGUUCAUGCCAAAGGUGGAAGAAUUCAAAUUGAUAGUGAGCAACAUGUCGGUGAGCAUAGCAGAGCAGCAAAUGAUGCUGAGGAGCAUUAUGGAGGCUCAGGACCAAUUGGAAAGAGAAUACAUCAGUAAGAAGGAGGAUCACAGAGCUCUGGAGAUGCAAAACUACAUGGGCCUGUCCAGGAACACUGGCACCUUUGACCCAAACAGGCUGAUUGAGGGAGACAUAUUUAGGAUAGGGAUGCAUCUUGAGGACAUAAAGGAGAUGAUAGACAAAAACGUGUGUGAGCAGAUUUCUCCACCCCAUUCAUCCUCCACUCCCACGCCCAUUGAAGACAUGCUGCACAUGAAGCCCAGUCCUCUCUGCAUGCCCACACUCUCACCUCCACCAUCCCUGCAUGAGGGGCCAAGUGCAGGUUUGUCCCAUGUGGGCUAUAAGACGGAGGCAUUGAAAGAGGAAGAAAAUACAGACGAAGUGGAGGAGGCCAGUGAGGUCCAUGGAGAUGAGGAAUUACAGCAACGCUGUGAACGCACAACAACUGAUUCUUUACUGAAAAAUACUGGACAUAGAUACUGCAAUUCAAGGAGCUCACAGGGCUCUGUGGAGGGACUGGGAAUUCAGACAGCUGAGGCUGAAGAAGACAGGAGCUCUGCUUCGUUAGAAGUGAUAGAUAACAGUAACAUCUUGGCAUACUUGAGUGGAAGCAGCGCAUCCUUGAGUCAGAGGCAGUGGAGACCCGACAGUCGUAGCACCCCAGACAGUGUCUUGAACCCAGCAGGCGAAUGUGAUCUGGGUGAAUGUGUGAGUCCGGCUGUGGAGGUCUCAUCUUCCUCUGAUGCACGCAGAGACUCAGACACCCACAUUCCCCCAGAGCCUCCUCUCAACAACUCAUCUGUAUCACAGAGGAUUUUGAGCCCGGAGACAGACAGUGGAUUUGGGAGCUCUUACUUGAAUCAAUCAGCUUCUGGACCAUUUCAUCCAAAUCUGCUCACAGAAAGUGUACACUCCCAGAAUGAUGCUUUAAGUAGCUCAGACAGUGAAGGCUCCUGCUCCAACCUGCAGACAGCCGUCCAUUCAGCCUUCCUCCCCAGCCAGCGGUGGGCAAGUCCCCACCCAUCUGUCCAAACACAGUCCUGUGGUGCUGCAGCGGCAGUGGAGCGGUGGGUGGAGAGCACCACUAAGGAGCCUUCAGUCAGGCUGCAAGGAUCUGAACGCAGUCCGCCUGCCCAGCUCCAUCACCACGUAUCAGAACCCGCACUCAGCACCACCAUGGACACAGAGGAGAGAGGCAGCCCGCUGUACUCCUGCUCAUGUAAUGGUGAGGCUCUCCUGGCCUUGCAGUCAGAGGUAUCCCGGCUGAAGAAGGAGCUGGAGGAAGGCUUGGUCCAGCUGCCCCACCUAGCACAGAAGAUGGACUAUCUCGCCUCCAAAUACAGACAGGACCGUCAGGAGCGCAAGUCGAAAACCCGACCUCGGACCCACCACAGACCAGCAUACAACAGUGUGUGGAAGCCAUCAAGUGGCAGCACACAGGAUGUGAGCAAUCUCAGUUCCAUUCAGGUGAGGAUAGAGGACUGGAUCUCUUCAGACAUGGGCCCCAGCGAAAUCAAAGGUAUUCCACCACCACCAAUAUGCUCUUCAGGCUCUGAGAUCAUGUUGCAGUUCCACAGUUCACCUGUAGUGAGCAGGAGAGGCUGCAGCGUGCGCUCAGGGCCAGAGUUUCAAUAUAAACUCUGUGAGGAGCUGCAAUCCAACAGAGGGUCAGAGGGAAACAGCUCAGUGAAAACCUCUCAUCUGAACAGCUCCAUUUUAAAAGGAGGGAAGGCUUGUGGCAGCCACGCCAAGCAGAGACUACAAACUGCCGUGAUGGAGAGUUUUCACUCCAAGGAGAGGUGGUCUCUUUUCUCCUCUGCAUCUCUCCAGAAGCCUCUUCUCCAGGUCAGCUACGGCUCCUCCAGCAGCCUGCCUGCCAGCUAUAAAGUAAGGGAGCCGCCUCUGCAGUCCGUGUCCCAUCACAGAAAGCACUCCACCCAGUCAGAUUCGGCCCUCCUGCCCAGUAAUGUGUACUUCCAGCGGACACCAUCUCCAGUAUUAGUUCCCUCAAAGACUGGCAGCAGGACAGGCAGACGCAGAGGGACCAAGGAGGACGACAUGAACAGGACUCUAGACCACGCUAUUGAGGUGGCCCGCAGCAUGAAGAGGACCACCGACCGGAUGGCCAAGAGACUGUCAGCGGACCUGUCUGAGGCUCAAGUCCACAGGAAGCAAUACAGCAUGCAGCCACCAGGGGGCAGGAAACACCAUGCAUUCUAAUGCCUAUGUAGAACAUUUCUUUUUUGAAUAAGUUACUUAAGGACCUGUUUGUGUUUUGUUGUUGUUGUUUUUUUACAUGGUUUGUGUAUUUAUAAAUGCAAAAGUCUAAAAUCACACUGCAUGAAAUAUAUUUUAUAAGAUAAUAUAACCACCUGUAUACUGUAAGGUUUUUGGAUUUGUUGAUGGACAGUAUUUUUAUAUAUUUAAAAAAGUGUUCAAUACUGAGCCUAUAGGUCCCUUAAUUGCUUAAAAAUAAUUCUCUAGCAUUUCAAUUUUAUUCUGACCGGUGUGUAAAAUGUAAUCGAAACACGUUAUGGCCGCUUUAGUGGGAGAAAAUGACUUUCUGAGGAAAUACUUUUGAUAUCAUAAAACAAUGUGAACCAGUUGUGACCUCUUGUUAGGGGGCAACAGCAGUCACAGCCGAAUCAAUCAGCAGAUGAAGCAAUAAACUAUCUUUUCAUAAGUCUCCAUGUCAGUCCACUUGUGUCACCUAACCCUUUUGUUGUAUUUGACCUGCUCCCCAGCUAUAAGCUGUCCAUCACACAUACACAGUCAUAAGGUAAGUCAUAAUAUUACGCAUGUGUAAUAUUACAUCUGAGGAAAAUCCCUCUCUGCUUUUAGCUUGAACGAGGAAUACAAUGAACGUCCUCUUCAUCGCUAGUAUUUUGUGGCAUUAGUACACUUUAGCUCAUUAUGUUACGGGUAUAUGAAAUGAGGGGCAAGUUUUGGUUGUUUAUUGGACAAUAUGAACCGGUUUUGCGGAGGUUGCAGCUGGUGUUGAUUGGAGGCCGGCCCUGUCAAGAGAAACACAUGUACUCAGUUUGCUAGUUCAGUUACAUACACAUGUGCAGUAUUGCAUUAUCAUACUUUAAUUAUGAUUAACUGCAUGCAGAUUAACAGGUGCUGCUUUGUGUCUCCUCUCCAGAGUGUUCAAGCUAAAAGAGUCCCCAGUGUAUCGAGCCCCAUUUUAAAAGUUCCAGGAGAUACCAAGUAGCCAAGGGGCGUUUGAGUGUUUUAAUCAACUAUAGUUGGAUGAAUUGUUCCAUCGAUUUUUGAAACUGUCUAUUUUUGAUUGG